GUUGAAAGAAAUUGGAAGCAAAAUGGAAAAAAAGGGCAUGAGAAUACACAACAUACAUUCAGCAUGCCAGCACCUUAGACUUGGUCAGCUGAAGGGCAAUCACUUUGAUAUAGUUGUGAGAGAUCUCAAACACCACAGUCAUGACUCUUCUGCAGAUUUGAAAGAGAGAAUAUCUGAAGCAAUGGAAAAUGUUGAGACAAAAGGUUUUGUAAAUUACUAUGGACCUCAACGAUUUGGACAAGGACAAAAUGUUCAGACAGAUCAAAUAGGAUUGGCUUUACUGAAUGAAAAGAUGGUGAAAGCUGUGAAGUUAUUCUUCACACCGGAAGAUACUGAUGACCCUGUAAACAACGCAAAAAGAUACUUUCUUCAAACUGAAGAUGCAAAGGGCGCGCUCAUGAUGCUGCCAGAAUUUAAAGUGAGAGAGAAGAUGUUGCUACGAGCUUUAAAUCGCUAUGGUGUGAAUCAUGAAGGUUGUACCAAAGGAUGGCUCAAUAUUCCUCAUUCCAUGCGCAUAUUCUAUGUCCAUGCUUAUUGCAGUAAAAUUUGGAAUGAAGCAGCAUCGUAUAGGCUGAAGAUUUACGGUUCAAAAGUUGUUGAGGGUGAUCUUGUCUUAUCAGAAGAAAAUGAUGAAAGCGUUUCCCUGAAUGACAAGGCUCAUGUAGUGACUGCUCCAGAAGAGUCAGCUAACAAAUACUCUAUAAACCAAGUGGUUCUUCCAAUGGUGGGACACAGUAUCAAGUAUCCCAGUAAUAAAGUUGGGCAAUGGUACCAUGAAAGACUUUCUAAGGAUGAGCUGCACAUGUGCAAAUUCAGAGUGUCUCCAUUACAGCUGAAUAUACCAGGAUGCUACAGACCCAUUUUGAAAAAUGUUCAGAAUCUGUCGUAUUUUUUGGAAGGUGGUGAAAAAGAAAUCAAAAUUGAAGACAGCCAUCUGAAAGAAUCAGAAGUCUCUCUUCAUAUAUCGUUUGACCUUGAUCCUUCGUGUUAUGCAACAGUCUGUCUGAGAGAAAUAAUGAAAUGUGACUUUUAAGAUUCCAGUUAAUGAAAGAUUGCAGAAGUAUUAUACAAUGGUGAUAUUUUGUGUAUAAUGCAA